AUGGCAGCCGCAAAGACGGAAAAGUCACUGGAGUUGAUCAACUCUAGUCUCCAACUCAUUAUGAAAAGUGGAAAGUAUGUGCUGGGAUACAAGCAGACUCUGAAGGUGAUCAGGCAAGGCAAAGCAAAACUAGUCAUCCUCACCAACAACUGCCCAGCUUUGAGGAAAUCUGAAAUAGAGUACCAUGCCAUGUUGGCCCAAACUGAUGAAUACAGUGCCAGUAAUACUGAAUGACAGUGUGGAAAACACUAUAGAGUAUGCACAUUGGCUAUCAUUGAUCCAAGUGAUUCUGAUAUCAUUAGAAGCAUGCCAGAACAGACUGAUAAAAGUAAAUCAUGA